GGGCGGGUGAAGAUGGCGGCUGCUAAACCGAGCCGGAGGGGAGGCUGAGAGUUUCUUAUGCUUUUGCAAAAUUGAAGACGGAUCCUUGAUUAACAAUGCCUGGCAAAAUCGCUUUGCAGCUAUCAGUCGAUUAAUCUUCAUGUGCAGCCUUGUUUGCUAUUGAUUUCAGAAUCAUGGGACGAAAGGGAGUUUGCUGCUGCUGUGCUGCGCUGCGACCUCGCUACAAGCGUCUGGUAGACAACAUAUUUCCUGAAGAUCCAAAAGAUGGUCUUGUUAAAGCUGACAUGGAGAAACUGACUUUCUAUGCAGUUUCUGCCCCAGAGAAGCUGGAUCGAAUUGGGGCUUACCUGGCAGAGAGACUGACCAGGGACGUGGCCAGACAUCGCUAUGGUUAUGUUUUAAUUGCCAUGGAGGCACUGGACCAACUCCUAAUGGCAUGCCAUUCUCAAAGCAUAAAACCAUUUGUGGAAAGUUUCCUUCAUAUGGUGGCCAAACUUCUGGAAUCAGGCGAACCAAAGCUGCAAGUCCUUGGGACUAAUUCUUUUGUCAAAUUUGCCAACAUUGAAGAAGACACACCUUCAUAUCACAGACGCUACGACUUCUUUGUGUCCCGGUUCAGUGCCAUGUGUCAUUCCUGUGAUCCUGAUCCAGAAAUACAAAAUGAGAUCCGAAUCGCUGGAAUCAGGGGCAUUCAGGGAGUGGUUCGAAAAGCAGUUAAUGAUGAGCUUCGAGCAACUAUAUGGGAACCUCAGCACAUGGACAAGAUAGUGCCAUCACUGCUGUUCAACAUGCAGAAAAUAGAAGAUAUUGACAGAAUAGGCCCCCCAUCCUCUCCUACAGUAGGAGUGAAAGAAGAAAAUCCUUCUGUGCUGGCUGAGAAUUGUUUCAGGGAACUACUGGGACGAGCAACCUAUGGAAAUAUGAAUAAUGCUGUCAGACCAGUUUUUGCGCAUUUAGACCAUCACAGACUAUGGGAUCCUAAUGAAUUUGCUGUUUCCUGUUUUAAAAUCAUCAUGUAUUCUAUACAGGCACAAUAUUCCCAUCAUGUAAUACAAGAAAUCCUUGGACACCUUGAUGUCCGCAAAAGGGAUUCACCGCGAGUUCGUGCUGGCAUUAUUCAGGUUCUUCUGGAAGCAGUUGCAAUAGCAGCUAAAGGAUCAAUAGGCCCAACAGUUCUUGAGGUUUUUAAUACCUUGUUGAAGCACCUGCGCAUCAGCGUUGACUUUGAGCUGGGUGACAGGCGCAGUUCAUCAGAAAGUACAACUUUAAGCAUAAGCUCCAAGGAGAGCGAUGAGAGGAUUGUCCAGAACGCAAUUAUUCAAACAAUUGGAUUUUUUGGAAGCAAUCUUCCAGAUUACCAGAGAUCAGAGAUUAUGAUGUUCAUUAUGAGCAAAGUACCUGUUUUGGGAACAACGUCACAAUCGCUGGAUCCCAGUAACCUUGGAGAUUUGGGAACCAGGAGGAUUCAAAUCAUGUUAUUGAGAUCUUUACUUAUGGUGACUUCAGGAUACAAAGCCACAACAAUAAGUAAUGCGCUUCCUGCCCCCUUUCUGGACCCAUUGCUGUCUCCUUCACUCAUGGAAGACUCUGAGCUGAGGCAGCUGGUCCUGGAAAUCCUGCACAACCUCAUUGAUCGGCAUGACAACAGAGCCAAGCUCAGAGGGAUAAGAAUAAUACCAGAUGUUUCUGAUCUGAAGAUAAAACGAGACAAGAUUUCGAGGCAAGACGUGAGCUUCAUGAAAAAGCAUGGUCAGCAGUUGUACAGACACAUCUACUUAGGCUGCAAAGAAGAAGACAAUGUCCAGAAAAACUUUGAACUCCUAUUUACAUCUCUAGCUCUUACCACAAUAGAACUGGCCAAUGAAGAAGUGGUUAUUGACCUCAUCCGAUUAGCUAUUGCCUUGCAGGACAUUGCCAUCAUCAAUGAGGAUAAUCUGCCAAUGUUUAAUCGUUGUGGAGUCAUGGCAUUGGUUGCAGCGUAUCUAAACUUCCUGAGUCAGAUGAUUGCAGUUCCUGCCUUCUGUCAGCAUGUCAGCAAGGUCAUUGAAACCAGAAGUGUGGAGGCAGCUUAUUUUCUACCAGAAACAAUUUUCAAAGACAAAUGCAAUCUUCCAAAAUCAUUAGAGAAGGAUCAAACAGAUCUAUUUUUCCUGACCAACAAGAUUGCAGAAUCAUUAGGAGGCAGUGGAUACAAUGUGGAAAGACUGACAGUUCCAUAUGUGCCCCAGGUAACAGAUGAGGACAGACUCUCCAGGAGGAAGAGUAUUGUGGACACAGUGUCUCUUCAGGUGGACAUUCUGUCUGGCAGCAGCAUAGAGGAUAAGGUUGAUAAUACUGAAGAAAUCACCUUUGAAGCUUUGAAGAAAGCCAUUGAUAACAAUGGACUUGAAGAACAGGAAAAGGAAAAAAGGCGUCUUGUGAUUGAAAAGUUCCAGAAAGCACCAUUUGAAGAAAUCGCAGCUCAGUGUGAAACCAAAGCAAACUUGCUUCACGAUAGACUGGCACAGAUACUGGAACUCACCAUCCGUCCUCCGCCUAGCCCCUCAGGAGCGAUGACCAUUACUGCUGGACAUGCUCAUUACCAUUCUGUUCCAGUCUAUGAGAUGAAGUUUCCAGAUCUUUUUUAACAGUGCAAUCACAGCUGUUAGUGGAUGACGAAACAGCCCCUUAUCUACAGCAUUCCGUUGUGAUUUUUACUGCUGCAGCGUAUCAGCCUGAUCAGACCACAGUCUACACAUAAAUAGGACUCUAGCUUUUAGUUUUCACUUUUUUUUCUUUUUUUUUAAGGUAAGACUAAUAGUUUUUGGCCUGUAUAAAGACUGUAAUUUUUUAAAAAGUAAAUCCAACAUAGGGAUACAAUGUAAAAAACCUACCCACUCUGUCAUUUUUUAAGAAUAACACUUGGCACUUUUGUACAAAAAGGAGGAGUCUAAGUAAUACAGAAUGUACUUCUGUUUGCACUUGUGCAGUAUGGAGACUGCUGUAAAUACAGGAUUGUUUCUGUGAUUUAAUUCUGCUGCAUGAAUGCUGCAUGUGAAAAAAACUAGAUUUAGCAUUUCAUUUUCUGUUCUGUUGAUUAAGUAUUUUUUCUUUAUGGUGAUGGCAGGUUUCUGUGUUUCCAAUGUUCAGUUUGGGAAAUGCAGGUGUUGUGCAGGUGUAGUGCAGGGAGUGAAGAGCUUGUAACACUCUGUGUGUUCACAUGAUAUUUAAUUUCUUCCUUUAUGGAAUUUCAGGGAGUCUGUAAGUCGAUAAUUGGUUCACUCUGGCCUUUCUAGACCCAUGGGAAAUGGGAGUGUCUGUAAAAUGUAUUGGUUUGGUAGUUAUUGUUAUAUGAGCCAAUGAAUGAAACCAAAAGAAUUAAGAAUGCUGUUUGUUGUACAGUACAAAGCUGCUUUGUUUCACUUUAUGUUCUUCAGACAAGCUGCAGAACUUAAAAGCUCCUCAUGCAAACUGGCCCUGUGUUAUCUGCAACACACUGAGCACUGUCUUAAUGGUUAUAAUUGGUACCCAGUUUAAAUGUAUUCCAGCUGUUGCUUAGGGUUCCUAUUAUGUCAUCUUGAAAAAAAAUAUAGCUUUUAGUAGUGAGUCACUUUAAGAUAAAUUAAAUUCAUGGUCAUACUAAAAGGUAGAAAUAGCCUGUUGUCCAAAAUCAGAGUAGGGCUAAUUUGUCUGUUGUUCCAAUGGUAAUAUAUUCUGUACUGUAUGUAAUGAACCAGUUUCAAUAAAUGUAAGAACACACUGUGCAAUCUAUAUUUAAGCAAUAAAAUAAACCAAAAUUUAAAAAUUAA